UAAAUCAGCUGUUCAACUUGAAGUAUCAAAAUCCCCAAACUGUGAAACACCUUUUGUCGUAAACGGGAUAAUGAUUUACAAACAUUCAUAUUAAACGUUUUUAGUUAGUGGGCCAGAUAAGAAUCAUGCAUUUACCCUAAGAUUCUGCAAUAAAACCCACUUUUCUCGGUAAGCAUCAGCUGUCCCCAAUUCAACUUUGUAAGCUGAAAAUGUGUUUGAUGUCUUCUGGACUAAAUAGCUGCCCCAUAAGAAAAUAUUAACGCAUUAUUAGGAACCAUGGCUCACACACGAAAUGAGAGCAAAGGGCCUUGUUUUUGGUGUUUCAAGGCGGUCAAAUGGAUACCUGUUCUAAUUAUCAUUACUAUUGUUGCAUGGUCAUAUUAUGCUUAUGUUGUACAAUUGUGCCUGGUUACUGUCGAAAGCAUCAUUGGCAAAAUAUUUUACCUGUUAUUCUACCACAUAUUUUUUUUGAUGUUCUGUUGGUCUUAUGCUCAAACUAUUUUUACGGAUAUAGGAAAGGUCCCAAGUAAUUUUAAACUAUCAGAAGCAGACUAUGCAGCUUUUAUGCAUCACAAUGAUUCCUUGGAAACCCAAUAUCAAAUAUUACAAACUUAUUCAAACAAUUUGCCAAUAACCAACGUCACAGUGGGUGGAGGAAUUAGGUUUUGUGAAAAAUGUAGAGUGGUCAAACCAGACCGCACACACCACUGUUCAGUGUGUGGAGAAUGUGUGCUAAAGAUGGACCAUCAUUGCCCGUGGAUAAACAAUUGUGUUUGCUUUACCAACUACAAGUUCUUCUUACUGUUCUUGGCUUAUGCAUUGAUUUACUGUUUAUACAUAUGUCUAACAUCAUUGCCAUAUUUUAUUGCAUUUUGGAGGAUUUUCUUACAGAAUGGUCUGCAGGGGAUGGCGAGAUUUCACAUUCUGUUCCUGUUUUUUAUAGCUGUCAUGUUCGGAGUCAGUUUAAUGUCUCUUUUUAUAUACCACUGUUACCUUGUACUUGAAAACAGAACAACACUAGAAGCAUUUCGGCCACCCAGCUUCAGGGAGUUCGGUGCUGAUAAGUAUGGAUUUCACUUAGGGAGAUAUAGGAAUUUUAAGGAAGUUUUUGGAGAAGACCCUAAGUCUUGGUUUCUGCCUAUUAGCACCAGUUUGGGUGAUGGUGUUCAGUACCCAAUUCACUCGAAGCAUCUGCAGACUACACGCCAUUCAGUGGACAACUCUCGAAACAGCUUAGGGGAUGGAGUGGCAUUUCCAAUACUGCAUCUAGAUGAAGAUCAAGAGGGUCUUCUACGUGGUCAACAUAUGGAGGAAGACGAAUGCACAUAUCCUUGACCAGUGUCUCUGUCCUCGUUACCUGAAGAUUUCUUAACAGAUAAUCAUUCUAUUUUUUCUAUGUAACGUUGCAAGACAAUUUUGAAAAUAUCUAAAUAUAUUAGAGGCUUUACUGUUAGUUGAUCGAUAUUCUUACUAGAGCCCCUAAAGUGAUAAUUUUUAAGUACAUAGGUGAAAUAAUGUUUUUUAUUUUACUGAGCUCCUAAAGCAUACCAGUUCUACCAAAUAUUUGAAUAUAGUAUUUAUUUUAGUUGACUAAUUUUUAUAAUUACUUUUAAGUAGAGUGUAUAUAUUAAGAAUUUUAACUAUAGAUGUGAAUACUUUAUAAAUUAUUAGAAGGAUAAAUAAAUGAGCCCUACAAUCAA